GAUUUUGUCAUUUAAAUACACAAACUUGUUUUGGUUCAAGCAAUGGCUUAUCACAAUUAGAACAAACACUCUUAAGUCGUAAAUCAUCUGCACCACCUGGCUCUUACACCCAAAAAUUAUUUCAAAACCCUGAUUUGCUUAAAUCAAAAAUCAUGGAAGAAGCUGAUGAAUUAUGUGCAGCAACUAACAUAGAAUCACAUUUGGAUAAGCGAGCAAAAAAAAUUUCUAGAAGACCAGGUGAUGCGAAACCAAAAUGGGAUGUAUCAAAAAAACAAGAAAAAGAAACAUCAAAUAGUGAAGUUGAUCGAAAAUCCAAUUCCAUAAACCAAGAAAUGAUAAGCAUGCAAAAUUUUACUUUAUCUGAAAUUGAUGCCACCAAAAGAUUAUCAUUACUUCAACGACCAAUUAUUGAAUCAGAUGAUAUCAUGUCCAGAGUACGUCCCAUUGUUGAUGAUGUAUGUAAAAGAGGUGAUAAAGCUCUUAUUGAAUUGACUGCAAAAUUUGAUGGCAUAAAGCUAGAUUCGCCUGUGAUUUCUGCACCUUUUCCUUCGGAAGCAAUGAUGUUGGAUGAUGACACACGUAAUGCUAUUGAUCAAGCUUAUGAAAAUAUUUAUAAAUUUCAUGAAGCGCAGUAUGAUCGUUCUACUUUGGUUGUUGAAACUAUGCCUGGUGUGGUGUGUUCACGUUUUAGUAGACCGAUUGAGCGAGUUGGACUUUAUGUUCCUGGUGGCACUGCAACAUUGCCUUCAACAACACUUAUGUUAGGAAUUCCAGCCAAAGUCGCAGGUUGCAAACAGAUUACUAUUGCCAGUCCACCCCGUAAAGAUGGCAGUGUUAUACCUGAAGUUUUAUAUGUCGCUCAUAAGGUUGGUGCUUCCAAGGUUCUACUAGCUGGUGGUGCUCAAGCUAUUGCAGCUCUUGCUUAUGGAACCGAAUCAGUUCCCAAAGUUGACAAGAUAUGUGGACCUGGAAACCAAUAUGUUACUGCUGCCAAAAUGUUAGCUCAGAAUGAUAGUUUUGCAAUGGUUUCGAUUGAUAUGCCGGCUGGUCCAUCUGAACUUUUAGUGAUAGCUGAUAACACAAGUAUUCCAGCAUAUGUUGCAUCAGAUCUUUUAUCACAAGCUGAACAUGGAACAGAUUCUCAGGUGGUUUUGGUAACAGUUUCAAUUACACCUGAACUUCUUAUAAAAAUUGAACAAGAAAUCAAUGAUCAAGCAAAAAAAUUGCCAAGAGUCAAUAUAGUAAGCGAGUCUAUUCCAAAAAGUUUUAUUUUACAAGCUGAUAAUAUGGAAGAAGCAAUGAAAUUUUCUAAUGAUUAUGCACCAGAGCAUUUAAUAUUGCAUAUUGAAGAAGCUGACAAAUGGAUUGAUAAAGUGGAAAAUGCUGGUAGUGUUUUUAUUGGUGCCUAUUCACCAGAAAGUUGUGGUGAUUAUGCAUCAGGCACUAAUCAUACAUUGCCAACUUAUGGAUAUGCUAAAAUGUAUUCAGGAGUCAACACUUUGACAUUUGUAAAACACAUUACAUCUCAAAAGUUGACAAAAGAAGGUUUAGAUAGAAUAGGCGACACUGUUAUGAGAUUAGCUGAAGUUGAAGGGUUGGAAGCUCAUAGAAAUGCUCCUCCUCCUCUACUACAACCUUCAUCAUCACCAAAAAAGAUUUUCAAUUAUCGAUUAAUGAUUUUAUUGUUUUCAAUGUUUGGAUACUUGUUAACACCUUCAAUUUAUCCAGGCCAAUUACCAUAUAAUAUUCAAACACCAUGCACUUUGGUCACAUCAGUUUAUGUGUAUUUAACAACAGAUCAAUUGAUCAAAUAUAUGAAUAAAUGUGGCAUGUUGACUAUUGGAAACUGGUUAUUUUAUGUUUCAGGCGCUGAAUUUUUGGAAUUCUUUGCGCCUAAAGUUCGAACAAAAACUUAUCCAACACGCAUUAUUAAUUAUUUAAAAUAUAUUUUUAUUAGUGAUAAUAGUGAAGGCGGUUAUGAAAAUAUUACAUCUUUUUAUGAAAUAUUUUAUAGUUUAAUAUAUUUAUUAACUCUUUAUAUGUCUAUGUUGUAUUUAUAUCAGAUAUUUUUAAUGAUUUUUUCAAAUUUACUAUAUUUGAUAUUACUUUACGAGGAAAAAAAUCAAAACAAAGCAAUUGGAAAAGUCAAAUUUUCUGUUCAAAUUAGUUCUCUAAAAAUUUGGUUAGUCUCUACAUUAUUCUAUUCGAAACCAAUGUUUGAUCAACCAUAUCUUUCUUCAAGUCCAAGAGAUUUUUGGUCGAAUAGGUGGCAUCAAUUAAUCCAUGAAAGUUUUGUAGAAUUGGCAUAUAAACCUUCAAAAUCUCAUUUAAAACAAAAUAUAUUAGGCGAGAUAAUAGGUGUUUUAGGUAGUUUUUUCAUAAGUGCUGCAAUACAUGAAUACAUAAAUUAUACCACUUUUGGUGUAAGUUAUGGUGAACAUUUUGAUUCACCAAAUUUGUUGGUAUGUUUUUUUGGUAUUUCAUUAGUUUACUAA